UCAUGGCCAUGAAUAGGAAGAGAAACCGUCCCGAGGAUUGGGAAGAUAUCAAACCAUCCCCGGUUAUCCAUAUUAGAGAGCUGCCUGAGCACACUUUGGAGAUCGAUCUGCAAAGAGCAUUUGAAGUGUACGGUCGUAUCCGCGAUAUAACUAUGCUCCCGACUAAAUGCCAGGCUCUCCUCGAAUUUCACGAUAUUUCUUCCGCAGAAGCUGUGAUUAUGAGAUCCGCCGAGGAAGUGGUCACCGUGGCUAAUCGUCGUGUCAAGGUAAACUUCAGUACCUCAAAGCGUAUAAUGCAACGCACUUCCGCAUCAGCCUCCGAUAAUAGCGUAGAUGGUCCAGUUGCUUCUGCGGAGAACAAUAUCUUGCUUCUCACUAUCUACAAUCCUCAGUACCCUAUCACUGUUGACGUAAUAAACCAGAUAACUUCAAGACAUGGGCGCGUCUUGCGGAUAGUUAUAUUCAGGAAGAGUGGGGUCCAAGCUAUGGUUGAGUUUCAGACGAUUGACGAGGCAAAGACUGCCAAACGCCAUCUCAAUGGCGCUGAUAUAUACUCUGGUUGCUGCACUCUUAAAGUAGAAUAUGCACGACCAUCGCGUCUUUCUGUCUCCAAGAAUGAUCAGGAUACUUGGGACUUCGAGAAUCCGAUGCCGUCCUCAGGCGCAGGAGGAUCGGUUUUAGAUGGACGAAACCAAAAUAAUGCUUCUCUUUUGGGUGGUUAUCCUCGCUUUGAUUCUGGGCGCAACACGAUUGCUAAUAUUUACGGGAUGCCUAGUGGAGCAGUUGGUAUUACCGCUGCAGGUACACAGGUGAUGAAUGCAAUGGGUGUUCCUGGUGCUUCUGUUACCGCAGGGGGAAUGCCUAUUCAGGUGGAACAUGCCCCUAAUCUCUAUCAUGGAAGCAAUACUUCCGUUUUGAUGGUCUAUAAUCUAGAUUUGACUAGGAUGAACUGUGACAGACUAUUUAAUAUCCUUUGUCUCUUUGGGAAUGUAUGGCGUAUUAAGUUCUUGAGAACUAAGGAGGGAUCCGCCAUGGUUCAGAUGGGGGAUAGUGCGAGUGUCGAUCGUGCUAUUCCUAGUCUUGCUGGUCUGACUCUGUUUGGAAAUCGCUUGCAGGCAAGUCUAUCUACCAGGCAACAAGUGCUGUUAGAUGUGCCACAACCUUUUGAUCUUCCUGAUAGUUCAUCAUCUUUCAAGGACUACACAGGAAGCAGAGAAAACCGGUACAUUAAUCCUGAGAUGGCUUUAAAGAAUCGCAUUUAUCCUGCGUCACGUACACUACAUUUUUGGAAUUGUCCUCCUAACUUCUCGGCCACUGACAUGCGCCAUGUAUUUGUUAACAAUGGUGCCGUUCCUCCAGAGCAGUUCUUAGCCUUCUCGAAGGGGGGUGAAAAGUCGUCGUCCGGGCUCGUUGAGUGGAAUAAUCGUGGCGAUGCUCUUGAUGGCCUAGUUCUCUGCAACCAUACCGUUGUUCCUUAUCCUGAAGGUCGCUUUCCAUUCAUGAUGAAACUCUCCUUUUCUGCCUCGUCAAUCAGGGAGCGUAAUUUAGUGGUGGGCAGUGAUCCCAUGGCCUUAGGAUCUAUUAAUAAUCAACAUUUGGCUGCUUCCGCAGUAGUAAUGGCCGGUCAGCCUGGGAUCGCCAAAGUCUCCGUUAAUUAA